UGUGGUAUGUUCCAGAUGGUCAACCCACCAGAGGAAAUAGCUUUGUUUAACAAAGGUGGAGAGGCUUUGCCGUUGUGUAAUGUCAGAUACGGAGAAAGAAAUAUUUGAGUGUUACCUACAUGAAAAUAGGAGGAAAAGAGGAAGGAAGAAAGUUGAGUAAGAAGGUGUAAAGAGUAGAUAGUUUAAAUAAUUCAACGAGAGUCAAGGGCAUAGUUUGAGAAACAAUUCGUUUGUCCCAUGUGUGUCUGAAAACGCUUGUAAAGUGGCCUAGGGCCUCAGGCUAGUGUCAACAGCUGGAGUAUUCCCAGAUCUGUCUCAGUAGCUCAUUAAAUGAGAAAGGGAAUUGUUCUGCAGCCUAAGAUGAGGUUAUUCCAAACCUAUAAGGCUUGCAAUGAUCUUUGUAUUCAUUUUACUCAUUUUGAAAUGUCAUCGGUACAUGUUGGGACAGAAGAGCACACCUCUGAAAAUUCUAAUUCUCUCAAUCUUCAGGUGGAAAGUAACCAUGACCUUCCAGUAGGAUAUUUGGACUAACCUAGUUGCUGAGCUCCUCACCAGCUGGAGGAGGGGAAGGGUUUUACCGCAACUGCCUUACCCAGUUUUCUGGGAUAUUGCCAACAUUGUUUCUUACCUUCUUGGAGACAUAUGUUGGGGUUCUUGCCACUGCUCUCAGCCUGAGUGGAAGGAAUGAUCUUAAACCUUGUUAACGUUUACAUCUAUGUAAAUGUAUGUAACAUUUACCGGCCAGAUAUGGAGCCGGUACAUUCCUGCAACCAAGUGUCCUCAGCAGUGUGAUUAUUGUGAGUUGUGGUGGACUCUAAUACUAUCUAAUACUAGCCCUUAGGACUCUCUCAGAAGGGAAACGUGUGACCCAGAUUUUAGUGUCAUUAGAACGCAGGUCCUGUUCAGUGUCUGGAAUGACCACGAGGCAAAUGAUGUCACCAGUUUUUUCGCUCUUGGGGAGCAGAGCUAGUCAUGACAUUUGUGAGCAGAGCACCACUACACCUCUUUGUGAGUCAUUCCUUUGGCACCAGGUGAGACCCUUUCAUCCACAGCUAUUUUCCCUAACAGUGUCCUAACUUUGUAGUGGAUGGGAGCAAUCUACAGGCAAUGUGACAGUAGUUUGCUAAAGGAUAUAGCACUUUUCAGCAAAGUCUGUCAAGUGUAGUAGGAACGUGCCUUUCUCUCAGCAAGGAGGUGAUACUGCUAUAAAAAGAGGGAUUAUGCAGAAUCUAUGUCCUUUGCCUGCCAUGUGGAACUGCCAAACCACCUGUGUACUGUAGGAAGUGAGGUUGGCUUUGUCUUCUCUAAAACUAUCUCAAGCAAAUCCUGCAGAAAAGUGAUCUUCACUCAUCCAUCGUCCCAUCUCCGUUAAUGUUUAUUAUUGAGACUGCCUCAUUGGCCUCUCUGCCUUCAGUGUAUCACCAGAAAAGUCUGGAAAAGACCCAUUCAGUUCAACUUUAAACCCUGAGUCUCAUACAAAUGUGUGCCUUGCAUUCUAUUUGCUCUCCCUCAUGUUACACCCACAUACAAUAUUGGGACCAGUUAUUACCCAGAGUUACAAAGAACAGUGGUAGACCAGCCUUGGUUCUGUCUUAGACCUGUGCGGUGGGCCACAGGCAUAGGCUGGAGAUUCUUACUUUGAUCAUCUUUAUGGCACAGCUGCUUUUGUGAUGAGAGGGAGAUCCUGUCACACCUGCAUGUUGAGUGCAUCUUGUUGCAGCUCCUCUUCCAAUGCCAUCAGAACUUCAUGCUGAAGUUUGGUCUGUGUUGUCCUCUACACCUGUGUCCUGACCACUACAGUCAACCGCUCUGUCAGGCAGUGCAUGUCUUUUGACAGAGAUCACGUGCCCUCAUACCAGGCUCCUCUCUCUCCCCAAGCUUUGUUUCUGGCUCACAAGAGAUGUAUGAAUUAACUCAGACAAUCCUGUUCACCAUUUUGGAACAAAUUCUUAAAGAUUGGGUAGGGGCGGGGCCUUUUAAUAGGCCUCUUUUUUUUUCUGGAAAAGGGUCUCCCUUCACUGUUGGAGUUCUCAGCAGUUGCAAGCGCUGAAGCCCAUCUCGGGGCUCUUCCGGGCACUUUUGUAACUUUGCUCCACAUUCAAAGAGGUUGUGCCCUGUUAUAAGCUUAGUAGUAGCUUAGUAGCAAUUCAUUUCGUGCAGGGCCUCAUAAAAAAGGCAGGUGUGGAGCACAGUUCCCAAAAACCAGUGUAGACUCACUCAUUUAUAGUGACCGAUUAACCUUUUUUUUUUGUUGUUUUAAAUUUGAAUCUCCACUGUUGCCCUCUCCUAUAAUAACCUUUUUGUGCCACACAUUUUUUGGCAGCAAAAUCAUCUCAUGUUUCAUGCUUUCUCACAUUUUGUGUGAUUCCUUUUUUUCCUGUUAGGGCAUACAAGGUAGCAGAUUUAUGUGAACCUGGUCUAAUGAUACAUAGUCUCUUUCUGGAGUGGUAACAGUAAAUUUAAAAACAAGCAACCUAUAUAAGGUGUUCAAAACCAUCCUUACAAAUAGGUGGGGUGGUCUCGUCGCUGGAUUCACUGGCGCUAUAAUUUCCAUUUGCUUCAUUUUGUUAGACCACUACAAAACUCAGGAAUUCUCUGGUUUUAGAAAAGUCCAGAAAUUAACUAACAUAUAUAAUUUUGUGACGGUUGCAAUUUUUGCCAGUUCUCUACUUUUUCCAGAAAACUGACACGUUCAUUAAAUAGCAGAGGCCUCCCCAUAGAACUGUUAAUCCCUGCUCUGCCCAGGGGUGACUCCCCCUACCCUAGGCACAGAAUGCUGUUUAUAAAGACAAAGCCAACAUAUUUACAAGGAAAUUCCAGUAUUUUGAGAUAAAGAUGGGAUUUGUGCUGUCAGACUGAGACUUGAAUUUCUUUACAGAUUCAGAGAGUGGAGUAUACCACUCGUGGGAAUUAUAAAGAAGACAAGCUAUCCACAGCAUAGCAAAUGGAAGGGCAUGCUUCCCUGCAACUGCAUGCUACUAGUUCUGUAAAAAUGCAUGAACAGAUAUAAUCCAAACAUGGUCUCUGUGCUAUUUUGUGAUCCGAAACAUUACUGGAAAGCUCUGCAAACAUUUGUCAUUUAAACAGAUCUUUGUACAUAGUGACUGGAUUCCCUUGGCAGGAUUUAUGUUACAUCUGGAGGUCCCUGGGGGGCUCCACCUGGGAAUGAAACAGCAGUAGACCAGCUGGCCAGGGGUCUAGGCUCAGGUCAGGGAAACUGACUGAUGGGUGCCCCAACCAUCCGAUAUAUGAAGGAGUCACACAGUCCGGGAGAGGUUAUGGUUGUUCAGAGCCUGUCUUGCUUUGUGGCCCUGCUUUGUUGUUCAGUCUUCUGUCUCCAACCAGCUUGCUUAGUGCUGAGCCCAUCCCGUUCCCCCGCUAUCCCUCUGUCCUUGACUUUACUUUGUUGUAUGGAUUCCCUUUCCCUUUAAAAGGUGUGUCUGCUGGUAUAUCCGGUGCCUGGGUGCGACUUACCUGUUUCCUUGCUCUAGCCCUCCAUUAGCUCUUUGGCUGCUUUAUUUCUAGCUUGGUCCGAAGCACAGUGCAAAGUUCUCCUAAUAGUGCUGAAGUGAAAAUGUGGACCUGAGAGUUGUGCUGAUUUUGCAGCGUUUAGAGGUUCUGGAAGAUCCAUGUUUUAACAUAAUUUCUAAAUGGCAUUAAAGUCUUGGCUUUGCUAGAGGAUAGAGUUGAGUGCUGUGAGUUCUGUCUUUAGGUGUGGUGUUCCUUGAGAGGUGUUCUCUCCACCUUGAUUUAAUAUGCCUGGUGAUACGUUGUCACUGAUAGUCACAAGUAGAAGAAAAAAGGUAAAGGUGCUACUGAAAAGUAGUCCCCUGCACUUGGUUGAGAUGAUACCAUGAGUGUGUCAAGGGGCAGGGAAAUUUGCCUGCACUUGCUUUGGGGGUGAUGUUUCAGAACGUGCUUGGGUGAUACUGGAGAAACUGAACUUACUGUUGUGCUGUUGCAGCAAACUAACAGCCUGUGUUCUGGAUUCUGUGCAAAUAUUUAACAUGUUGAGCCAGCUCUCUAAGGAAAAUAGCCAACUGUUGAAAUCUCACAUGCCUAAAAGCUCAUGUUCCAGUAAGUUUUCCUGUUUGCACAUCCUGGUUCAGAGUUGGAACCUCUUCUUGCAAAAUACUGUGGAAGGUAAACAACUGUGCUUAGGAAGGCUUGAUGACUACUUCCUGUUGGCAAAAGCUAGCUGUUCUUUGGAAGAGUGCCAGCUUUCAAAAGUAAAUAGCUCUUAUUUUGUAGCUGCUCCCCAGGCUUUGGAAUUCCCUUAUAAGUUCAGACCUCGAGAAUAUCAGCAUCUUUUUGUUUUGUAAUUUUAAAAUGAUUCCUUUAUAUUCUUCUGUUUGGAUACCUUCACAUAUUUCUGCAUUUUUUACACAGAAGCCUGCAUUCAGCUGUUGUAAAAGACCCAACAGGAAAAGAGGUUGGGGAAAGUUAUCAGGAAAUGGCAAGUAAGGAAGAGUUCUAUCUCAACACAAUUUCAGAACGACCCAAAAUGUGAAGGCUAUUGCCAGAAUCAUCUGUCUCCUCCCUCAUGCAUUUUUGCUUUGCUCAGUGCUCUGCAGGCACAGGAUGAGUCUUUCACAGAGGGACAAAUCUGCUAUGCCUUUGUUCUGAUACCUUCAUUUUAUUUGCUCUAUUAGCUGCACUUGGUCUUAAUGAUAUUUCUUAUGUAAAUGGUAAGGGACAGGUGAAGCCCUUUGUGUGCUAAUUAAAUAAAUUGUAUGCUAUUCCUGGUAUGUUGAAAGUGGAGUGCUUUAAGAGCAUUAAUUAAAAAUCCCUGUCAGAGCUUGUAACUCAGAGGAGUCUUUAAUAUAGUAGAUAAGGUAAGAUGAAAUAGAAUAAAUAGUUGCUUAACUCACCUUUGUGUGAAUGAAUCAGUUUUUAAUGUAGUAAUUUCUUCAUUUUAGUCACUCACAUUUUAAUAAAGUGUUUUGCUUUUGGCAGUCAGAAAUGGUGAAAUCUAUUUGUUAGCUUUAACCACAGGAGUUCUUAAUAGUGCAGGAUCUGUCCAUUGCAAUUAGUAGCAGCAGCUGAUACAUUAUAGAUUUCGAUUAUGUGCUUCAAAUUUAUUUUGUAUUGUUUACAUGUUCACUUUAAAUUCUGGAUUGCUUGAGGCAGGGCCACAUGAACAGCAACUUGUACCAUAGGGGACUCCAGAAGUACUAAUAUCAAUAUUGACUUAAAUACAGAAGUGUUUAUAGUUUUAAGCCAGCAAAUGCUUGUGGACUUGUCAGGACUACCCGUGGUGUUCAGUGGCUUUUUGUCAAGACUGUGAGUAGCUUUGCUUUUGCAAAUAAUCAGAUGAAUUAAAACUUUGAGUCUUGAGGGAAAUGCUUAUACUUAUGCAAAGCUCAGUUGAAACCUACAGGCUUUACACGACAGUCCACUGACACAGAUCUAGCUGCAGUAUCAGGACCGAUCUUGCCCAAGUGUGCAGUACUUGGAAGACUGGGCUCUGCUUGAAUAGACAGGAAUAGCUUAGGAAAAAUUCCAUGUAAUUUAAUUUUGCUUAUACCUUUUUUUAUGACAAUUGCAGUGGUGAGAACCAACUGUUUCAUUGGGAAUUACCGGUGUCAGAAUGAGAGCUUACAGAGAGUUGACUCAGAUGCAACUAAAUUGUCCUUGCUCUUUUUUUUUUUUUCCUUAAAGCAUGUUAAAUUUCGCAUAACUGUACCUUUUGCCCUAGUGCUCAUCAAUGAACAUUUAGAUUGUACUUAAAUGUAAUUUCUAUAAAUAUGCAAUGUACAUUGUUUACAUUGGAUGCUUCUUCAAUAUUACCAGAGAACACUGGUAAGCACUGGCAUAAUGAACGCUGAUUCAAUUAAUGUUGAUCUAGGCCCCGGUGGAUUUUGAGUGAGGUUGUAGCUGGAAGUGAGUAGAGGUGAUACAGAGCAGUCUCAGGAAUGCAUCAUGCUUGUCUGUACUGUGUUGCAACUCUCAGGGACCUCUGUUGAUCAGAGAGAAGAACAACGGAAGAACGUACGGCUUACAGAACAAGCACUUGCUACUGCCUCAUCUGGCCUUCUGAAGGGAUAAGACGACAGAACGUUAAAAAGGCUCAGUAGCGUUUGCUUAAGGCACUGAAGUUAGUGAGGAAGGAUGGAGAAUUAGCUGAACAUGAAGAGACUUUCUCCUCAUGCACAGAUGCAUCCACUUGGACUGUGUAAUAGCAACGAUGAAGAAGACCUAUAUGAAUAUGGCUGGGUAGGAGUGGUGAAACUGGAACAGCCAGAGUUGGAACCUAAACCAUGUCUCACUGUAUUAGGAAAGGCAAAACGAGCAGUGCAGCGAGGAGCCACAGCAGUCAUCUUUGAUGUUUCUGAAAACCCAGAUGCCAUUGAUCAGCUGAACCAGGGCUCAGAAGACCCCUUGAAGAGACCGGUGGUAUAUGUGAAAGGUGCUGAUGCUGUUAAGCUAAUGAACAUAGUUAACAAGCAGAAAGUGGCACGAGCAAGGAUUCAGCAUCGCGCCCCACGGCAACCCACCGAGUACUUUGAUAUGGGGAUUUUCCUGGCCUUUUUUGUGGUGGUGUCUCUUGUUUGCCUCAUUCUUCUUGUCAAGAUCAAACUGAAACAGCGACGUAGUCAGAAUUCUAUGAACAGGCUUGCAGUGCAAGCACUGGAAAAAAUGGAAACCAGGAAGUUUAAGUCCAAAAGUAAGGGACACCGGGAAGGUAGCUGUGGAGCACUGGACACGCUCAGUAGCAGCUCUACCUCUGACUGUGCCAUCUGUUUGGAGAAGUACAUUGAUGGGGAGGAGCUGCGUGUCAUUCCUUGCACUCACCGAUUUCACAAGAAAUGUGUGGAUCCGUGGCUACUGCAACAUCAUACCUGCCCUCACUGCCGCCAUAACAUUAUAGAACAGAAGAAGGGAAGUGCAGGUCCGGUCUGUCUGGAACCCACCAACCCAGCACGCAGCCGGCAGCAGAGGGUGAUUCUGCCUGUACAUUACCCAGGCCGAGUGCACAGAGCAAACCAGAUUACAGCAUAUCCCACCCGGACAAGCAUGGACCCUCACGGAAACCCUAUCACGGUACUGACAGUUGACCGGCAUGGUGAACAGAGCCUCUACCCAGCCCAGUCCUCAGCCUAUAUCCGAAGUUAUCAGCCGAUUCAUUUGGACCAUGCUUUAAACACACAUCACUGUAGCCUGGAACAUAGGGCUUACUCUCCGGCUCACACCUUCCGAAGACCCAAAUUCAGUGGACGCAACUUUUCCAAAGCAGCAUGCUUUCCCCAGUAUGAGACCAUGUAUCAGCACUACUAUUUCCAAGGCCUUAGUUACCCUGAGCAAGAUGGACAGCCUCCAGCUGGCAUUUCCUCCAAGGGUUCCUCCCGUGCCUUCCAGCCUGGUGGCAGCAUGCUUUUCCCUCCUGUGGUACAUGUAGUGCCCUCGUCCCGUUUGGAGAGUGGCAGUACCUCCAGCUUUAGCUGCUAUCAUGGUCAUCGUUCAGUGUGCAGCGGAUAUUUGGCUGACUGCCCUGGGAGUGACAGCAGCAGCAGCAGUUCUGGUCAGUGCCACUGCUCCUCUAGUGAUUCCAUGGUUGACUGCACUGAGGUCAGCAACCAGGGGGUUUAUGGGAGCUGCUCCACCUUCCGUAGCUCUUUGAGCAGUGACUAUGACCCCUACAUUUACCGCAGUAAGAGCCCUUGCCGAGCAGGUGAGGUUGGUGGUGCAAACAGGGGCGCAAUUGUUCUCUUGGAGGGCCCCUGUCAGGAUGAGCUUCCAGCUCACGGUCACAGUCUGGUGGGUGCUGACUGCCGGCCUGUGCCAGCUUCUUCCUCAGGGGACCAACUGUCUAAUUGCAGCAUGGAUAUGAACUAUAGCAGUAAUUCCUCACUAGAGCACAGGGAUCCAAAUGGCACUACCUCAGAGGGAGGACCUGAGGCCACUCCUGGUGCUGCCUUGGAUGUUAAAAGGAACUGGAAGAAUCCAGAGUUAGCAGGGCCACUUAUGGAGCAAGCAUGCGCAUGCUGCUUUGAACUCCAGCACUCUGCCCUGGAGCCUAGCAAUGGGGCCGCUGACUGUAGUGCACUCUUCCUUAGGUCUCCACUGUGGGGGGCAUGUGGCCCGGGGAUAGAGCCACAGUCAGGGAGUACGCAGGGCUUGUACAGUAUUAACUCAGACCACUUGCAUAGGACAGAUGGGGUAAAAUAUGAGGGGUUGCCCUGCUGCUUCUAUGAAGAGAAGCAGGUAGUCUGUAGUAGCAACAGUGGCAGUGGAGGCGGUGGCUGCUACACAGAAGACUAUGCAGUGAAUGUGCAGUACACGCUUCCUGAUGACACCUUGCCAAGCUGCUAUAAGGGUGUAUGUGAUCUGGGUCAGCGCAUUCCCAUCAUUCCUGAAGACAGAGACUGUGAGCUGAUCCUACCUACAGAGUGCCAAGGGACCUACACAGGAGGCUGUAGUUCCUGGGACGGGACACCUGAGCUAGAUACUUACCUGCACUGCCAAGGUAUAGGAGAUGUACAGGAUGAGAGGGAGGUGUGUUACGAGGCGUCGUCUUUCCUGCGGCAGAACUUCUCUCAGGAGGAGGAAGCCAGAAUGCUCUUUCCCAGUCCCUCUUUGAACUCCCCGAAGCUGAUGGUGACCACAACGGCCACAGGUGCUGGAUCUCAUCCCUUGGAGAGAAGCCAGAUCAGUGACUAGAUCUGUCCAGACUGCCACAGAUGGAGAAGCGGAGCUUAUCAGAGACUCCAAAUUCUCUUGGACUUCAAAAUCUUUUAAGCUUUGACAAACACAAAAGUGGUAAUGUGGAGAAGUCCCUCCCCCACUUUCUGUUCCUCUACGUCCACAUCAGCCUGAUUGUCUCUCCUUUCUCCCUCUUGCCUGAAGCCUUCAGGCCUCCAUUGGUGUGCAAAGCCCAUGUGGGGCAUGGUGUAGAGCAUCUCUGAGCUCUAGUGCCAUAUCUAUAUUAAUGACAAAGUGUUAUUUAUAUUUUCUUUUUAGAAGUGACCGUGUUAGCUCUUGCUGAGAGGUAACACGGUGUAUUAAAUAAGCCAGGCUAUGUGUAGAUGCUGUUAUCUCCUACUUAAAGGAGUACAGCCUUUGAUAAGCUCAGGGCUACACCUGCCUUAGAAACCAGAUAGCACCUUGAAGUAAAGUAGUCCAGAGGGAUACAGCUGCUGAACAGAUGCUCAGAUACUGACUAUUCCUAGUAGCAAAUCCUAGUAGCCAGCAAGUUAUAUGAGAGAUUUGGAGGGAGAUGAAGCAUUGAACUGUCUCCUUCCUUCCCCACCUCCACCAACCUCCUUUCAUGCUGCUCUGAUGAUUUGGCUAGGAAGGGUCUCCUGCCAUUAUGAUUAGUUUUAACAGAGUGGGGGUAGGGAAACUGGUAGCUCGGAAUGUUCUCAUUCCCACUUUCUGCUAAAGCAUGGUCCUCACUGUACCUUCUGAUGGGUGAAGGAUGCUGGGGACCCCUCAAACGGAUACUAGAAAGAAAUGCUUAGAAAGGGUAAUAGCUUUGUACAUAAUGAAUCUUGCCUUCCAUAGGGCAAGAUUUUCAGGCGCUCGUAGCCCCUGUUAGGGUUGUUCCCUGUUGAGAAAUGCUGGCAUAUGCAGGAAAACAGAGCUUGCAGGGGGCCUAUGGUUUGCCUGGCUCUUUUUGGAAACAGGUCAGAUGGUGCCUUGUUUCCACACAGACUGCAAGCAUGCCUAAUGAGACUAGUGCUUUUCACCUGUUGUGCAUGUGGGAAAGUGAGGACUUGCUUUAGUCAUUGUUUUCUUUGCUGUGGUUGAUGUAGCUUCCAUAGAUCAAUCUGUUUUAAAGGUUUCUUGGGCCCAGCCAGUUGCGCUUCAUUUGUGACUUGUGUACAGAGUGCUUUCUGUACCCCAUUAGUCUGGGCACAUACUUCUUUUCUUGUUCUUGUACUAGUGGGGAUGUUUGUUAUCAUGAGAUAAUGUACGUCGUCACUUCUGAUAGCAAUUGUUUCCUGUGGAAACAGCGGCUUCUGAGUAAGAGGCUACCAUAGCAUGGUUUAAAUUGCCUGUCAUGCUGCAUGUGCCUGAGGACACAGUGUCA